AUGACGAAAGCAAAUUACAGGUUGGAAAUCAGAGUAUUUCAAACAAGGGUGAAAAGGUUGGAGCAGUGAGUCUGCUACAUAAUGAAGAGUCCAGUGAUAACAUCCAGGCUGGGCCAGGAGAGUGUCCACCAUGGGCCCACAUCCGUUCAGAUCCCAUGGCUGCUGUCCCUUCAGGGGGAGCUGGGAGCUUUUCUGCAAGAAGCCGGCCUGGUGGGAUUCUAGGUGGGCGUCGAUACCACCCCCGUUACCGUCCAAGGCCCAAGGCAAGACCUGCUUCAGAGGCGGGAGGUGCUGAACCCGUCCGAGGAACUCCUGCCAGUCAGGCUGGUGAACAGCUCUUAGGCCUGUUCUUUAGAAGCUGCUUGCUUACUGGGGUCAUCCCAGCCAGAGUCUGAGGUCUUGCUUCACAUCCCAAAGCAGAGACUGGGUCUGGUCAAAAAAAGGCUCCCACCUACUGCCGCACUGAGGACUGCUCCUGCUCCACCGUUCCCAGGAGGGGAGACCCUUCCAGCAGGAAUUCCACCUGCUGUCUCUCCCCAGUUCCAAUCUGCAGGAUCAGCUGCCACGGCUAUAAGGCCUGAGCAGGGCCCUGCCCAGCCACCCAGAGGUCUCCUCCUGCUGGGAAUGUUGUGGGGGGACGUGGGGACACCCUGGCAGGAGCCGACACAGCCCACAGUGGCAACCAGUCCUGAAAGUUAUAGGUCUCCCGAGCUUCAGAACCACAUGGAGGGGCUUCUGAGAGGCCCCCUUGCUGGGGUCUUGAAUACCCAGAUUUUAGACGCUCCCACGGCAGACUUGUACGACAACGUGCUCUUCCAGCUUUAG